CCGCCCGUGCGCGUCCGCCCUCAUUGGCUGCGGGUGAUAAUCGGUCGGAGCCGCGGAGGGAGGCGGACGGGCACGGGCCAGCGUGUUUACGGCGACUGGCGGACGCGGCUGCUGGACCCGAACCGCUCCUUCGCGUCGCGUGGGCUUUCUAUGCCACGCGGGGCCCGUUUGAAAGGACGCCCGCGACCAUGCUUUUGCGCCGCACGGCCACGCUGACUGCGCCGGUUCUGGCCCAGGCUUCCCAGUCACCUGGCUCGUUUCUGCACGUCCACGCACGCGGACGGAGGACCUGGACUUUGUCGUUACGCGACGGCCACGCGCUCCAGCACCGGCUGCUCCGCGUCGGCCCGGCCUUGGUGCACCUGGGCCCGGACCCGCAUGCUGCCCGGAGCCGGGACUCGUCUGGGUUCGAGAUCCCACCGUGCGGACGCUCGAACCGGCCGAACGCUGCGGCCGAACACCUCUACGGGAGCGCGCGGGCUGACGGCGGCGGUCGUUUACAUUUCAGGCAGCCGCUCGCCGGCGUAGAAAGGCGCCAUAUCAGCGGGGGGCAGGCGGCGUGGAGCGCUCCGUUCACACCUAACGACCUGAUGCAGAUCCGAGCUUCAUCCACGGCCGCGGCUGCGAAGAAGAGCGAGGAGCGCGCGGCUGACGGCGACAAAGGGGAUGAGCAGAAAACAAAGGAGGCGGCGGCUGCCGAAAGGGCUCCAACGGAGCCAGAGCCGGAAGGCCGAAAACCCAACAAGACCCAGCAGCUAAAGAAAGUCUUCAAAGAGUACGGAGCGGUGGGAGUUUCCUUCCACAUCGGGAUCUCCCUCAUGUCCCUGGGAAUGUUCUACCUCCUCCUCUCCAGUGGGAUCGACAUGACGGCCCUGCUGUGCAGACUGGGCUUCAGCGAGGCGGUGGUCCAGUCCAAAAUGGCAGCAGGCACGAGCACGUUCGUCCUGGCCUAUGCCGUCCAUAAGCUCUUCGCCCCCGUUCGGAUCAGCAUCACCCUGGUGUCUGUGCCUCUGAUCGUGCGCUACCUCAGAAAGACUGGUCUGUUUAAACCGCCCACGCCCGCGCCCUGACGGCCCCUCGUCCGCCCCCCCGCUGCCUCACGGAGCCACGAUGAGACUGUUAAUGGUGAUACAAUAACAAAAAAGCACCUGUGUACAUAAGUUUUUCUCCCUUCUGGGUUUGAGAAUUCAGGUGAACUGUUGGGAUAUAAAGUUUUUAGCUGCCUUUGUAGUUUUUUGGGGGUCAGAGUGCACAUUCCAAGAAUAGUUUUGAAAUAUUUAUUAACAAUCAAAUGUGAUCAGGGAUUUGAAGUUUUACUCUAAGCAGGUUUUCUCUUCAGGAUGUGAAUAUUUCCCAUUGUGUGAGCCAGAAUAUGUGUGAAGCUGUGUUGAAGCUGAUCUCGCCUCUACUGCUGAGGGCAGCGGAUGCUCUGCUAUUAAAUUACUCUGCAGUAGAUUCCA